AGCUGGUGCGCGGAGGCGGCGGAGCGGCUCGCGCUGGAGGUGUGCGCGCACGCAGACCUGCGCGAGGCACUCGUCAGCGCCGCUAAUGAUGGGUGCGCGCUGUCGGCGCAGGUGUGCGCGCUGCGGGCGCGGUGCCGCCGCCUGCGCGCCGACCGCGCCGUGCUCGCCUGCGCGCUCGACCGCGCCGUGGACACCGCGCACAGGCUGUCGACGUGUUGCGCGGCGCACGAGGCGUCGUCGGUGUCGCUGUGUCUCGCGCUGCGCGCCGCCGACCGCGCGCUCGAGGCGUACGACGUGCUGCUCGCGCUCGCCGAGACCGACCAGCGACACGCGCAGCGUGCGUCGGCGGAGCUAGUGGCGCGGCAGUUGCUGGCGCGGCUGGACGCGGAGCAGGUCGCGACCAUCGGUGAACCACUCCUGUCUCCGGGACCCUGGCUCCAACACGACACUCAGGCGGGCGGCGCGGAGGGCGCGGAGGGCGCGCGGUGGAGCGCGGAGAGCGAGAACGCGGCUGCGCGCGCACGCGGCGCGGCUGAAGGCGGACACGGUGGCGCUGCGCGACACGCAGCCGCCGCCGCAUCUCUUCACGUACCACGACGGGUCCGAGGAGCCGCUGCCGGAGCCGACGGGCGCGUUCAGUAUGGCCGCCAUGGAGGACGCCGUCGACAUGCAGGAGGCGCUGUGCUCGCUGGAGGCGCUGGCGCAGACUCGCGCGCUGCACGCCGCCGCACAGGAGUCUCCGCGCGGGCGGCGCCGGCGCGCGCGGCACUGGCUCGCGCCCGCCGCCGAGACCGAGCUGUGAGCGCGCCGGACACAACCGACAUGUACGGGAAUGUCGUAAGCGACAUCCACACAGUAUGGGCCUGCACUCCGAAAAUUAAAAAAAUGCGAGUGUGUACUUAUGUCGCACGUAAGAAGUUAUACUUAAUGAUUUCUUAUGUUUACGCGAAUGUUAGACAUUGAAAUUAAACUAAUUUUCCGGAUUCUAUUGUGGUUUUUUGUUUUUUUAUUUUUCUCCCGACGUUUCGAAGACUUUGCAGCCUUCAAUGUCACGGGGGGGACACGGGGGGUCAGUCCCCGAUAGAAUCCGGAAAAUUAGUUAAUUUUAAGAAGUUAUACUUCUUUGGCGUAAGAUAAAAAUCUUUCUAAAAAAUUUUGUCAUAACCGACAUCCACAUAGCCUGCAUUCGGGAGAUAGGGCUGAAAAUUAUAAAAAUACGUGUGUGUACUUAUUCACGCAUGUAAGAAGUUAUACUUCUUUGGCGUAAGAUAAAAAUCUUCCUUAAUGUUUUUUCCUUUGCGUUAUCAAAUGUAGAGAAAACGACACUAAUAAAAGAGAAAUGGUAUUUAAUACUUUAAAAGAAAGUUUUAUUAUAACGCAUUAUCUGAUUAAAUUUUAUUUAAAUAUAAAAAAAAAAUUCUUACUUUCAAAAUUUGUAUUUGUAUGUAUUUAUUAAUUCAUUUGUACACUUAUUACAUAUUAAAUAAUAAUGUAAUAAUUUAACUAAUGAUUAGCUAAUUUCAUGGUGUCGGUUGUUCGUGUUGCGCGCACGCAUCGUAAUAAUUUACUCUCAUAACGCUAAAGGAAGUAUAACUUCAAUAACAUAAUCCGACCGAAUAAGGGGCUUAACACACCGAGCUAUACUUGGACAUCGAGGGAAUGUGCUAAGCGACAUAAUAUAGGGGAUCGUCCAUUAAUCACG